AUGCCCAAGAAGGAAGUCGGAUGCGCCGGUGUCAUACCAUUGCGGAAGUAUAUUUGAUCUCAGCAAUUUAGUUGCUGCUGCAGCGUGUGAAAUGCAAUUUGGAUUCGAACAGGAUGAUAGGAUAUUGAGUCGAGUUUGCUUUUAAAUGUGUAACCUCAUUGGGCAUUUCAGAGAGCUGGCAACUCAGUGAGUUGAUAGGAAAUUUAUCAUGAACGAAGACCGAACGUAUCUACUAAACAGUGUUUGCACUGGGUUCAUUUUAACAUGGAUCUUUUCAAAUGUCGCAGGGCAAUAUCACCGGGAAAAUGAUGCCAAAAGGGAAUGUAUACCAGCGCAUACUGAAGCAGUUCUUGCCAAGCCAAGCUAUUGCCAUCCUUUGAGGAAACUGAACAGUCCCUUUUGUGCUGCACACGGAAUCAAACUGGAUACAUACGUGAACACAACCACAAACGAUAUGCAAUAUUGGAACGACGAGUUGAAGGGAUACGAAGAAACGUACAAAAAACUGUUUUUCGAAAGGCAUUUAAGUCCACAAAACGUUUCCGACGAAUGUGCGAACCAGAUGCGUUUCAUUGGAUGUUAUUUCAUGUUUCCCAGUUGUGAUCGCACAACGGGUACACUCAAACCGAGACAGAUUUGCAAAGAAACAUGUCUUCAUUUUUUGAGGGAAUGCAGUGUGUAUUUUAACGCUUGGAAAGACAUUCAUUUGUCGGGAUCGCCCGGGGAUAAGGAUCUGCUCAAUUGUUUGAAACAGCCGUCUGUAACCGCCGGGGAUAAUGUGGAGUGUAUAGCCUACGCUAGGAACAAAAGCUCAGAAAGUCACGAUUGCCUUUUCCUAAACGGAAGUAGUUACAAUGGGAACAUAUCAGUGACAGCCUCAGGUAUUCCCUGUCAGUCAUGGACGGAACAAUGUCCACAUCGUCAUACCAUGAACACCACAUAUUCUUAUCUCAAUAACGCUAAAAAUUAUUGCCGGAAUCCUCAAAACUCAGGAAAAAGACCUUGGUGUUUUACUACUGAUAGGAACAAGAGAUGGGAGUACUGCGAUAUCCCUAAAUGUAUCAAAGUGGAUGGUAAUUAUGGCAACUGGUCAUUGAGCAGUGCGUGUAAUGUAACUUGUGGUGGAGGUUUUGAAAUAUGGACACGAGAUUGCAACAAUCCUGAGCCAAGGUUUGGUGGAAGAAACUGUAGUCACCUAGGAGAAGCCAUUGAGUAUAGACCAUGUCGGACAGCACUUUGUCCUGUGGAUGGCAAUUACAGUGACUGGAGCAAAAGCAGUGGAUGUAACGUUUCAUGUGGACGAGGUGUUGUAACCUGGCGUCGUGUUUGCAACAAUCCGGCCCCAAAGAAUGGCGGUAAAAAUUGUACUGCUUAUGGAAAGGAGAUAAAAUAUAGAAUUUGUAGAAAAGGAAAGUGUCCAGUUAACGGUAACUAUAGUGAUUGGAUUAGAUCGACUUCCUGCAGCGUGACGUGUGGCGUAGGGUACGAGAUGUGGUCACGGACUUGCGACAACCCAAAGCCCAAAAAUGGAAAGGAUUGUUCUCAAUAUGGAAAAGACAGAGAGAGCAGACCCUGCAACCUGGGACCAUGCCUAGGAUCGUCAAAUUCCAACAUGAUCAGAAUCACAUGCGGUGUUUGCGCUGUGAUUAUUGUGGUAGCUGUCAGUAUUCUCCUCUAUCGCAAAAGAGAAGCGUUGAUGAAGCGAAUAAAGCAAAGAGAUAGUAGCUCUGAUUUUGCUAUAUAUGCAGAAAUAAAUUUUAUACCUCGUAAACCAGUAAUUCAUAAUUAUGAAGAAAUCGACCCCACGAACAAGGUUAAGAUCAGCACAGAUAAAACAAGCAUAUCGCUACAAGGAAGCUCUGGAGAGGGUAUUUACGAGAGUAUAGACAACAACCUAAAUGGACUGUCAAGCGAGAUGCCUAGAGCAGUAUGAUAGAUAACUUAGCAUUAAAUGUGGUAUAACCAGUGAACUCUGAUAAAUACAGACACGCAUGUCUGAAGGCGAAUUUUGGCUUCACAAAAACGAUGAGGAGGCAUCGUUCCAGUUAUUAAUUUUUUAGAGUUCACAGUUCACUUGAUAUAACAAGAACAACCAGCUAGACAAAAACACUUCGACCUCGACAUUUCGACCUAAGGGCCUUCGUCAAGUGGUAUAACGAAGGUCGAUAAGUGUUUUUGUCUAUUUUAGGCAGUUGUUUUACCACAUUUGAUGUGAGGUUCUUUGAAGAUAUGAUGUUGUAUAUUUAAUUUAUUUGAUUCGUCAUCCAUCAGGGGACGGUUGUAUUAAACUGUGAUUAACUAACAGGAUUGACCAAUGAGAAUCGGGUAUUUUUUACUUAUAAACUAUGACAUAACUACUCAAGAUGCAGAGGAUGGCUAAAACAGAUGGGACACCUAUGAAUGACAAAGAAAUGCUAGAAGCUUAGAAACCCUAGGCAUGGAUAG